CCCCGCCUAGUCCCUGACUGCAGCGAGGUCCCCGCCGGCUGGGGGGUUAUGAAUGGGUGCAGCGGAAGCACCGCCCACCCCGGACGUGACGCUUGGCCAAUGGCAGAGCCGGCUGCGUGGAUAGAUGAGGUCAGCGCUGUCGUGUCGGGAAUGGAAUGUGUAAGUGUAACAUUCAGAACCGGGUAACAUUCGGCGAUCGAACUCCGCGAUCGGCAACGUUCGAACGGGGCUGGGCGGGGGAGGGGGGCGGCCAGGGAACCUCGCCGGGAUUUGCAGCUCGGUGCAGCGACUGACUAGGGGGAGGAGGUGCCGCCUCCGACGCCGCCGCCGCCGCCGCUGCUCGUGUUGCUGCUGCUGCUGCUGCUGCUGCCGCCGCCGCCACCACCAGCACCACCACCGCCGCCGAAGCCGCUGCUGCUGCUCCUCUGUCCCGGGGGCCAUUCACAGAGAUCGGAGGAGUAAACACCACCAGAGUCUUGGAUCCGCUGCAGAAGGGAAUCCAGAGAAAUGCAGGGAUUUGUAAGGUUACGGCGCUCGAGCUGGAAGAUGUAAUUCGCUGUAUGAGCCGGUUGGGAUCUGCUGACUUGUUGGAAGCCGGAGUGCUUUGCAUGAGUGUGUUGAUGAGUUGAAGUUACUGCACCGGUGCUCCUUUUCAACACUACCGAGGGGAAUUCUGGAGGCGAGGAAAUCACUUAAGUCUAGCCAUUGAUUGGAUAUCGGGAGCUUUUUUUUUCUCCCCCCCCUUUUUUUUUUCUUCUCCCUUCUUUCCUCCGUCUUGUUGCAUGCAAAAAAAUUACAGUCCUUGGCUGCCCACACCGGGUGCGAAUUAUUCGGCUACACUCUCUCCCCUCUAUUGUGCAACCCAAAGAUGAAAGACAGAAGGGGAGAAAGUUAAAGAAAUCGCCCACAUGCGCUGGAUCAGUCCACGGCUUUGGGAAAGGAAUAAAGAGAAGGUGGUAGAAGAGAGUUUGAAGUCUUUACAGGCGGGAAGAUGGCGGACUGGAGCUGAAAGUGUUGAUUGGGAAACUUGGGUGAUUCUUGUGUUUAUUUACAAUUAUCUUGACCCAGGCAGGACACAUGCAGGCCAAAAAACGCUAUUUCAUCCUGCUCUCAGCUGGUACUUGUCUCGUCCUUUUGUUUUAUUUCGGAGGCUUGCAGUUUAGGGCAUCCAGAAACCAAAGCAGGAGAGAGGAACACAGUAGUAGGAAUGGCUUGCACCACACUAGUCCGGAUCAUUUUUGGCCCCAGUUCCCGGAUGCUUUGCGCCCUUUCAUUCCUUGGGAUCAAUUGGAAAACGAAGAUGACAACGUGCCCAUUUCCCCUAAGCAGAAGCGAGACGGUAAUUCCAGCAUCUACAAAGGCAAGAGGUGUCGCAUGGAAUCCUGCUUCGAUUUCACCCUUUGCAAGAAAAACGGCUUCAAAGUCUACGUCUACCCGCAGCAGAAAGGGGAGAAAAUCGCAGAAAGUUACCAAAAUAUUUUAGCAGCCAUUGAGGGCUCCAGGUUUUACACUUCUGAUCCCAGCCAGGCGUGCCUCUUUGUCCUGAGCUUGGAUACUUUAGACAGAGACCAAUUGUCACCUCAGUAUGUGCACAAUUUGAAAUCAAAAGUGCAGAGUCUCCACUUGUGGAACAAUGGUAGAAAUCAUUUAAUUUUUAAUUUAUAUUCUGGCACCUGGCCUGACUACACUGAAGAUGUGGGGUUUGACAUUGGCCAGGCAAUGCUGGCCAAAGCCAGCAUCAGUACUGAAAACUUCAGACCUAAUUUUGAUGUUUCUAUUCCCCUCUUUUCUAAGGAUCAUCCCAGGACAGGAGGGGAGAAGGGAUUUUUGAGGUUUAACACUAUCCCUCCUCUCAGGAAGUACAUGUUGGUAUUCAAGGGGAAAAGGUACCUGACAGGGAUUGGGUCAGACACCAGGAAUGCCUUAUAUCACGUCCAUAACGGGGAGGAUGUGGUUCUCUUAACCACCUGCAAGCAUGGCAAAGACUGGCAAAAGCACAAGGACUCUCGUUGUGACAAAGACAACACAGAAUACGAAAAGUAUGAUUAUCGAGAAAUGCUGCACAAUGCCACUUUCUGUCUGGUUCCCCGUGGCCGCAGGCUUGGCUCCUUUAGGUUUCUGGAGGCACUGCAGGCUGCCUGCGUCCCAGUGAUGCUGAGCAAUGGGUGGGAGUUACCAUUCUCCGAAGUGAUUGAUUGGAACCAAGCUGCCAUCAUUGGGGAUGAGAGAUUGUUAUUACAGAUUCCUUCUACAAUCAGGUCUAUCCAUCAGGAUAAAAUCCUAGCACUUAGACAACAGACACAGUUCUUGUGGGAGGCUUAUUUUUCUUCAGUUGAGAAGAUUGUAUUAACUACACUAGAGAUUAUUCAGGACAGAAUAUUCAAGCACAUAUCACGUAACAGCUUAAUAUGGAACAAACAUCCUGGAGGGCUGUUCGUACUGCCACAGUAUUCAUCGUAUCUGGGAGAUUUCCCUUACUACUAUGCUAAUCUAGGUUUAAAGCCCCCUUCCAAAUUUACUGCAGUCAUCCAUGCAGUGACCCCCUUGGUCUCUCAAUCUCAGCCAGUGUUGAAACUCCUAGUUGCUGCAGCCAAGUCUCAGUACUGUGCCCAGAUUAUAGUUCUAUGGAAUUGUGACAAACCCCUGCCAGCCAAGCACCGCUGGCCUGCCACUCCCGUGCCUGUCAUCGUCAUCGAAGGAGAAAGCAAGGUCAUGAGCAGUCGUUUUCUGCCCUAUGACAACAUUGUCACAGAUGCAGUCCUAAGCCUUGAUGAAGACACUGUGCUUUCAACUACUGAGGUGGAUUUUGCCUUUACAGUGUGGCAGAGUUUUCCAGAGAGGAUUGUAGGGUACCCAGCUCGCAGCCAUUUCUGGGAUAACACUAAAGAACGGUGGGGUUACACGUCUAAGUGGACUAAUGACUAUUCCAUGGUAUUGACAGGAGCUGCUAUUUACCACAAAUAUUAUCACUACCUGUACACUCAUUAUCUGCCAGCCAGCCUGAAGAAUAUGGUGGACCAGCUGGCCAACUGUGAGGACAUUCUGAUGAACUUCCUUGUGUCAGCUGUGACGAAACUGCCUCCAAUCAAAGUGACCCAGAAAAAACAGUACAAAGAGACAAUGAUGGGGCAGACUUCUCGAGCUUCUCGUUGGGCUGACCCGGACCACUUUGCCCAGAGACAGAGCUGCAUGAAUACAUUUGCCAGCUGGUUUGGCUACAUGCCGCUGAGCCAUUCCCAGAUGAGGCUCGACCCUGUUCUCUUUAAAGACCAGGUCUCCAUCUUGAGGAAGAAAUACCGAGACAUCGAGCGACUUUGAGAAGGAAGUCCUGCCAAGUGGGGAGAGGGGAAGGGAGAAAGGACUGGGGUCAAGCUGCUCUCUCUUCCCAGUGCAGAUCCGCUGGCAUGCGGAGCUAGACUGUGCCAAGUAACAGAAAACACACACACACACACACACACACACACACACACAACAAAACAGAAGAACUUAGACGAACAGAACUAAAAGGCCAAGGGGAACUUGACUCCCUGCUCCUGGGAUUGAUUGCACUGGACUGCAAACUCACCUCACAGGCUUCUGUGUCCCAAGACUAGGUUGUGUACAGUUUAAUUAUGGAACAUUAAAUAAUUAUUUUUGAAAUGAUUGCUAUGCAGGUUUAAACUUUUUUAAUGAUCAAAACUAUUAAAAAUCAGAGUUCUUUCUUUAAUCAAAA